AUGCGAUUUUUAGGAUCCACACCACAGCAUGGAGCAAGGAACCGUAGGGGGAACAUUAUGACAAAUGACUCACCCAGGACUAGGCCAAGACCUGUAACUCCUGAAAUGGUCGCAACGGUAUGUGCGAUGUUUCCAAACAUUCCUCCAGUCGCAGUACAAUACGAUCUUCAAAAGACAGGCUCUGUUGAAGUUACCUGUGACAAUAUUCUUCAACACGGUAGUCUCCCAUUGCCACCUCCUACUGUUGCUUCACCAUUUGCAGUUCCUUCAACGUCUCAUGCCUCUUCAUCAACAACGAGCGGGAUAAAUGUAUCUGUAACACAUCAAUCACUUGUGGAUAGAUAUAAGCUACAAGAUGCAGUUAAAAAAGGCAUUGUUCCAUCAGAGCCACCCAAAACAUGGGAAGCUACUCCCGAAAAAAGACAAGAAUUAUUGCAAAGGAAGAAAGAUGCAAUGAUUUUACAAGCUAGAGAACGUUCUGCCACUCUUUUAUUAAAACACAACAGAUACGAUAUGGAUUACUUCGUAAAUUUAAAAAAUAAGAUAAAAAAGAUAACACCUAAUAGAGCGCAACCUACUGAUGCCGAGCAGUUAGCAAAGUUUCGUGAAUCAUGGAACUAUAUCGAAUCACAAUUUGAUAACGAGGAAAAAAAAAAACAGCUUCCCGAUGACGUGAAACAAACCGACAUUCCAUUACAUCUCAAAGAAAUGGUGAAUAUUCUGGUUGAUGAAGGUUUGCGACUCGAGGACGUGAAUACAGGUCUCUGCAGAGAAGAAUUUUUGAAAAGCAAAAUUCUCGAAAAAUUGGUUAACCUUGCUACUAACGAUGUUCCAAAGGGAAUUUGUGGCGAAAUUAUCCGGACUAUUGGUUCUAUGAUUAAUUUAUUGGAUGAUCGGUUUUUAGUCCAUAAUGCCGUUCAUCAACCGACUGUCUCCCUUAUGAUUAAUUUAUUGGAUGAUCGGUUCUUAGUUCAUAAUACCGUUCAUCAGCCGAAUGUUUCUCUUUUGCAAGAAAAAUAUGAAAAAUAUGAUGAGGAUCUUGUUGAUUUAAUGUAUAUUAUAUGCUCCAAAAUUCAUGAGUUUCCCGAACUUUUGAAUAUUUUCUUUCAUGAUACUCAUUGGCUUACGACACCACAAAAAGCUUAUCCAAAAAAAGAAUCAGAAAAUACCGCAAGUUUCUCAUCAAAUAGUAGUCAAGACGGAAAUUUAGACGAUGGUCCCGCAUCUGCAAAUGGUACAAUGACAUCGACCUCUGCAAAAACAACAGAGUUCACUAAAGAACCAGAAAAGCGAGAAUACAAGUUUUUACUAUUUUCAUAUCUGCUUCAUUUUCUUCAUAGAGAAGGCAAAAGCGGUGAACUUGCUAGAUGUGGCUUGCUUUUUAUUAUUGAGCUCAAAGACGAGCAAUUAGGUGAAUUUAUUCUUGAAAGUGACUUUGCAACUAUUAUGGCUGCCGGAUUGGGCGCGCUAUAUUCACAAUUACCACGUAAAUUGAUGGUAAAAAGUUCGAGCGGUGGGUUGACUAAUGCCACUUUAUUAGGAUUCGGUGGUGAUAAUACAAGCGCUGAGUUAGAGAGACUGGCUUCGAAUGGAAUUGAAGUUUCUUCUUCGCGCGUAUUCAAAAAUCAACUUGAUUCAUUUUUGAAGUUACUGGAAUUUUGUCAGGACGUAUUAAAUAUAUGUCCAAAUGUGGAUAUAACUUUAGCUUUACUUCAAAAUGUUAAAAAUAUUUUUCUUGAAAAUAUUUUAUAUCCGUCAAUUUUGGAAUGUUCUGAUACGGAUGGUUCCGCCGUUGCGGUUAUUUCUUAUAUUGAUAUUAUCAUGCAGACAUUGGAGCAAGAAGAAUUAGUUGACGUGGUGGUAGGUUUUUUAAUGGAUUCUGACGGUGAUGAUGAAGACUUCUGGAAACAACCGAUUGCCAAUAAAAUUGCAAAACGUCAAAGUACAAUAAAUCUGUUCGAGGGUAUUGAUUCUAAUACGAAAAAGUCUCCACCCUAUUUCACAGCAAUCGGUCGGUUUACUUUAAAGGAUUUAAUGUUUUCACGUUUGCGAUCCUCAUCUCAACAAACCGUCAUUGCGACUUUAAAACUUCUUCAUACCGUUAUCUCUAAACAUUGUCGAUAUUCUUUAAAAUUAUUGAACAUAGAAUUGGACGAGAAUGCUACAUGCUUUCCUAGACCAAAUUACCUAUACGAAGAUUCUUGUAACGAGACACAUGGAUCAAGUUUUGCUCAACCAAAAUUAACAACAAUUAGUCAUCAUUUGAAAGAACUUGACCUCUUCUUUUCCUUAAUAGCUGCCAUUGAUCCAACUCCUCAAAACAUGGAAAUUUUUACGAAUGGAUAUGAUUCCUAUGUACGUGAUGCAGAAAUGAUUAUAGAGGCGGAUCCGUGUUAUAUAAAUGGCCUGGAUGUAGAAUGGACUGAAGAUGGUCCCACUAGACCAAAUUCAAAGAAAUCCUGUAGACAACGAUUCUUGACUUAUAGCCAAGGCAAAAAUGGCAAAAAGGGUGCAUCCAAAGGCAUGUCGGCAGUUCCUAAGCAUCGUCUAAACCCGACCGAUCGAUUAAAUCCGGGUGAUUCGCUCUUACAAAUUCUCCUUGGAACUUUAACGAAUUUCUUUGCCCAUUCACCAGAGUUAAACUUAGUUCUGACUGGUGUUCUUUCCGCCCUGGCUGUUUGCCCUUAUAGAUCGCUUGAAGGUUGGCUUGUAUUUAGCGGCACUGAUAGAUUAGAUAGUCGGCGAGAUAUCCGGCGAGAUUCUCAUAUAAGAGACUUCGAAAAUCUACAGCCUGGUGCAAAAAAUCCAGAAAUACCGCUCGGAAUAUCUAACAAUGAAAAUAAUGCUGUUGCUGAAGGAGAUGACAAACCUAUUAACGAAUUUGAUGAAGAUGAUGAUCGUUCAAUUGAUUUUGACGCCGACAAAUGUCCAUCGGCAACGAAGGCUAUCGGUGCUACUCCGAGAUGGACUAGUUACCCUCAAUUUUUCACUAUAUUUAAAACAUUGACACAACAAGUCGAUUACUACCGCAGUGAAAUUGAAGGGUUUGAUCAAUAUCUAAAAGAAAGGAGGGGUGGCCUGUUGGAUGCUGAUGACGAAAUUGAUGAAAAUUUCUUUAAGCAGCCCCAUAAUCCAUCACGCACACCUACUAGAAGAAGCAGUACUUCUAACCAUUCAGGUUCUGGCAUCACGACUAAUACCAAUACAAAAAAUCGAAAAAUGACAGGACAUAAAACACCAAAAAGAGCCGAAUCAAACUCCAAUUUAAAUUCGCAGAUCGGUUCCUUAACUUUCAGGCAGAAGGAAACAAAACCAAAAGAAAUCACUUUAAGUACGCUUCUCAACAAUGUAGUUAUUCUAGAGGAAGCUAUUAAAGAAUUAGUCGCUAUUGUACAAGUAAGGAGAAGUCUAGGUAUUGAUGAAGUUAGAUACUUGUAA